AUUUUGGUUGGAUUUUGAAGAAACUUUUCAGGACAUUUGGGGAAACCUCUAGAUUUUUCUCAAUGGAGAGAACACUCCCCCCCCCAACUCAUUUUCUUGAUAUUAUUUCUUUUGCUGGGACUAUGGGGUGAGGUUUACUAUGGUAACCACCCUUGUCUCUCCCUCUCUCCCAGUUGCAUGAUAUGUCACUAUCAGCUUGAUUUUCUUCUCUAUCAAGAUGUCAAUUGUCUGUUUCAAAUAUCCUUAUUUGUUUAGAGCGAUCAUGAUUUAUCGGGUAAGCGUUCUGUAUGUGAAUAUUUCUUACCCUCAUUAUCACACCGUGACAACUUUUAUUACCCCGUUUGCGAAAUCCUGAUUUUUUCCCCUGUUACUCAGAAACACCAUUUGCAUAAGUUAUCUUAUCAAACGGAAGUUGCCCAACUCCAAGGUUUCCUAGUUUCAGUGUGGUGGGGUCACCGAUCGAUCGUGCAAGUGAUUACUUGGGUCUUUGAUUGCAUACAGUAGGAUGUGCUGAAACCGAAUAUGGAAUUCUUCCCGGACAUUAUGUGGUUAUGUGGCACACAUUGCAUUGACAUGAUUAUUGUGUUCAUGCUAUCAUGAAUAACAUUUCUAGUUGCGUGGGAGGUUAAGUUAUUUUGAUUGUUUGAGGUUGACUUGGUUUGUUUUUUCAGCCCUUCCCUACUAAUCAGAGUGUAAGACAACUGUUUUGUUUUUAGGGAUUUUGUUAAAUGUUCAUCUCUGUCAUUCACUAUAAUUUUCUUCCAGUCAGAUAGAUAUUUUGGUAAGUGUUUAUUUCAAUUUUUAAGUUUGUGGGGUUUUUUUUGGGGGGGGGCAUUCAACCAUUUAAUUAUUUGAACUAUGAAAUAUUAAUUUUUUAUAGCAGUUUGUAAUUCUUGUGCAUAAUAAAGUGCAAACAUAACAAGGUUUGAUUGUUCUAAACUGCUCUUAUAGUCCUUCGAUGAUUUCUCUGUACAGUAUAGUUUGAAGUAUUAUUUCUUAUUAUUCAGUAUUGUACAUGUACAUGUAAUAAGUCAGUUAACCUUUUUGCUGGUGUGUCAAUAAUGUUUAAAUAGGUGUCACUGAAAAUGAUGAAUCAGGACAAAAUAUCUCAGCUGAGAUGGCAAACAUAGUGCUAAAUGUGAAUGGCCGUUGUACUACUAAACAAACACUCCAAGCCAACCAUGCACACCAAUUAUACCACAACAUAUGUUCCCAACCAGCUGUCUGAGUACACUGUGAGUAGAUCAGAUUUGAUGAUCACUCCGGUAAAUAGGACGGCAAUUGUGGUCUGGCAUUAUACCAGUGUUGUGAAUGGCCUUUUGAGUCAAGUACAGGGAUUAUGAGUUGGCUUGUGUAGACCCCUACGAUUGGCUGGGCAUCACGUGCUGUUGUGGGCAUUUACUGCGGAUGCUGAGAUCAGUUUCUUUCAGACAAAAUCCAACAUUGAUGGAUUAAAUGAACCCUGAACGGACUUCUCACUUCCAUAAGGGAUCAUCAUCAGUCCUCUCUUCUGCAUGCUGGAGGCACUUCAUCCAUCUCAAGCUUGACCCAAAAAUCUCAAGCUGACUCAUCACCAGUUUUCAUCCAUGCUGUACUAGACCCUCCAACUAUCUGAUCGUUCCUUCUCUUUUUCCCAUCCACUCUUUCAUCCUCCCCAAUUCAUCUUUCACUUAGCCUGCAUCAUCCCUCCACUGGCACCUCAUCCAUUUUCCAAGCCAUUUAUGUCCCACCACCGCUAUCCCUCUUUACCCUAUCUCUCUUCAUCCCUGACUUAUCUCUAGCCAUAUACUCCUGCCCUCUAGACAUUCCAACAUCACCUGCCUCAAGCCCAAUUCCCCAACCCCUCAGGAGUACCCCAGCCAGCAAAUGGUCAUCAUCCAGGGAGGUGACAAAGUCAAUCCCAUCUCCCAUCGCUCCAGUGUGCCUGUAUUUUGUCAGUGGCGUUGCCGUAGAGCCGAGGCACUGGAGGUAUUUCCAAGAGCAGUUAGUUACAGUGACUCCACAUCUCAACCUCUGAAGAUUUCAACCUUUGACAAUGGAUCAGAAUCCAUCAACUGUCUUGGGAAUACUGGCAGAAAUUAAUCCUUUCUAAAGACCCUUGACAUCAUGUUACCAUUGUGAUACAGCAAUUUCACUGUCCCUGUCGCUAUGGCCGCGACACAGAGUCCAGUUGUCAAGCAAAUCGACAAGCAGUUCCUGGUUUGUGGCAUCUGCCUAGAGCGGUACCACACCCCCAAGGUCUUACCCUGCCUCCACACCUUCUGCCAGAAGUGCCUGCAGAACUACGUGCCCGCCGAGUCCUUGACCCUCUCCUGUCCGAUCUGCCGGCAGCAGUCCAUCCUUCCCAUCGAGGGCGUGACCGGCCUGCAGAACAACUUCUUCAUCACCAACCUGAUGGAGGUGUUGGAAGGGCCGGACAGCAGCAGCGGGGACGAGGGGGCCAGUGGGGGAGACCAGCCCUACCACGUUGUGCCUUCUUGUUCCAGUCACGAGGGGGAGCCCUUGGAUUAUUACUGCGAUGACUGUGAGACUGCAGUGUGUGGAGAGUGUACUAUGUCAGAGCACGUAGACCAUCCUACGGUACUCCUUAGUGACAUCAUCGAUGAACAUAAAGAGGUGCUGAGGAAUAUACUAGACAAGGCAAAACACCAGAUUCCACGCCUGCAGGAUGCCAUUGAGCAAGUAACAGUCAUCAAUGGGAGUCUAGAAGAGAAGAAGACAAAGGCCGAGACAGAGAUCCUUACCUCGUUCGACACCCUGGAGCGAAGCAUCCGCAACAGAAAAGAGACGCUGAUUAAGGAGCUAAAAUCUACCCAUGAAUCCAAGCAGGAGGUACUUCACAAGCAGCAGGAGGUCCUAGAGCAAGAGUUGCUCAGUAUUGAGCAUAACUGCGACUUCACUGAGCAGGCGCUCAGGAGCGGGAAUGAGAUGCAGAUCCUGCUGGUCCGCAAGCAGAUGGGCCAGCGGCUGCGCGAGCUGACGGAACAAUGCACCCAGCUCCAGCCGCAGGAAAAUGACUUCAUCAGCUUCAUUGGCUGCAUGGGGGAUAUGGAGAAGACCUUGUCAAACCUGGGCAUGGUACGCAGCAACAGUGCCGUUGCUCAUGAGACGGUGGCAGUCGGGGAGGGGUUGAAGCGGGCCUUCUGUGGGGAGCAGAUGGUGGUUACCAUCACCACCAAGAACUACAGAGGAGAGCUAGUGACAACCGGAGAAGCUGAGGUAACAGCUGAGCUGCAUUCUGGAGAUGGAGAGGUUCAUGAUGCACGUGUCAUCGAUAACAAAAAUGGUACUUACGAUGUUCUGUAUAUGAUCCCAAGAGAAGGAUCCCAUCAACUGAGCAUUAAGCUGUUUGGACGAAAUAUAAGAGGGAGUCCCUUUAAGUUACGUGUAAUGCGCGAGAGCAGUUCUUCCAGUCCCAAGUCACCAACCAGCAAGAUCCCGCGGAGUAAUGUCAAACAGCGUGCUAUGAGGAGACCACAGAGUGCCGCCGGAUCACUCAGAGUCUACCGUAAAACCAACCCCAUUGAGGAUGAUCUGGUGCUGAUCAUUGGCCAACGAGGGCGCAACAAGGGGGAGUUUACCAACCCUCAGGGCGUGGCCAGCACCGCUGCCAAUGGUGGGCGGAUUGUGGUUGCCGAUAGCAAUAACCAGUGCGUGCAGGUCUUCACCAAUGGCGGAGACUGCAAGCACAAGUUUGGCAUUCGUGGGCGGAGUAAUGGACAGAUGCAGCGACCCACGGGUGUUGCCGUUACAGUCAUCGGUAAUUAUGUUGUUGCCGACUAUGACAACAAAUGGAUCAACAUCUUUGGACCUGAUGGCAAAUUCAUCAACAAGAUCGGAACGGGAAAGCUGAUUGGUCCAAAGGGGGUCUGUGUGGAUAGUAACAACAACAUCAUCGUUGUGGACAACAAAUCCAGCUCCAUCCUAAUCUUCACGUCCAAUGGCAAGCUCCUCAACAAGUUCGGCUCACGGGGUGCCGAGGACCAACAGCUCUGUGGGCCGCACUUUGUCGCCGUCAACAACAACAACCAGAUUGUUGUCUCAGACUUCCACAACCACUGCAUCAAGGUGUUUGAGCAAGACGGUCAGCUGGUGAGCAUGUUUGGGUCCAGGGGUGAGGGUAAUGGGCAGUUCAAUGCUCCUACAGGGGUUGCAGUGGAUCUCAUUGGUAACAUCAUCGUAGCUGACUGGGGCAACAGCAGAAUCCAGGUCUUUGAUCACACCGGCUCUUUCCUCUCCUACGUCAACACCACUGGUGAUCCACUCUACGGUCCCCAAGACCUAGCCGUGACCAGUGACGGCUACGUAGCGGUAGCCGACUCCGGUAACCACUGCGUUAAGAGAAGAAUAAUGCUUGAACACUGCCGUGCCUCCCUUCUUUCAUUUGUGACAAAGAGUGCUGUAUGGCAUCACAGAUAUUGUACACCUUGGCAACCAGCUUGGAAGGUAAAUAAGGCCAAGUCUAAAUCUGCUGCUUUGGACUGUGGCUUAAGUUUUUGAUGUUGAAACAUUACAGCGAGUAGCCAUAGCCAUAAACCAAAAUCAAUGUGCCAUGCAAAGCCUAACCAUUACUAACACUUGUGCCGCACUAACUAUACUGGUUCCUGAUUGCAUUUUGUGCAGGGGCUUAGAAGCCAGAAACAGACUGUAUGCAGUUCCUUGAAGUUUUUGUUCCCUCUGUCCUGAACACAGUUCUGAGCUGUUACAAUGUCUCUUUGAUGGCAUAUAUAUUCAAACGGGCAAAAGGCUCACACAAUGGUACUCGGAUACGGAGAACAACAGACAUUUAGAUUGUAGUCCACGUUUAAAAUGGCAAAGUAAAUAUUGAACUCACUGCUACGGAUUAUUCGCACUUGUUAAUUUCAGCAAUUAGAACUUUAAAGGUUGGGAACCAAAUAUUAGUAGUUUAACCUUUCGAAGUGCUUUAACCUAAAAGUGGCUGGCUACUUGCUCCAAGGUUGGUUACCCAAAUAUCCACAAUAUCUGUGUCUGACAUGACAAACUUCAACCCAGUUGGAUUCAUUUUAGUUUCAUGAGCUCAAAAUGUUUAAAAUAAAAACAGAAGUAGAGCCAUCAAUUUUUUUUUCAAAUAAACUCUUAAGACCUGUCUUGAUACUGGGUUGUAGGUUGAAUACACACUCUCUCACAUGCGGGCUUUCAUUAACCAAAGAAACUGAAUUCAUUGUGAAAAACAUUCAAAGCAAGCUCUCUGCAUGUAACAGUGCUGAUAAUGGGCACCGGAACCAACUAGAUUGAACAGGUUGACACUGGCCGGCGCUGGAUCUAAGUGGACCCUGGUGCUGUCCUGUUUGACCUUUGCAUCUGUAUGUUGCCAUAAUGACAAAAACUAUUCGGAAAUUAUCAGCCCCUCCCUCCCCCCUUUCCAAGUUUUAUGUGCAGCUCUUACGACCCCCAAAACUAAGAAACAAAUUAAUACUUAAUUUUAAUUACUUUUUUUGACCUUUACCCGACUUAUAUUAAUAAACACUGUAUACUCAGUGCUUGUGCGAGAGCUU